GUUCACCCAGCACCCGGGACCCUGAGCCCACAGCGCUCUUGCUCCUCCUGCUCGACAGCGCUCCUGCCCUUCAACUCUCGCCAACCCUACGGAUCCUAGCCACUGUCAGCCUAGGUGGGCGUCAGGAUGAAGGCAGCCCGCUUCAUGAUGCGCAGCGCCAGCUCGCUGAACAGCGCCGGCCUGGUCCCCAGGGAGGUCGAGUUGUUCUCCCGCUACAGCCCGUCCCCGCUGUCCAUGAAGCAGCUGCUGGACUUUGGUUCAGAAAAUGCCUGUGAAAGAACUUCCUUUUCUUUUCUGAGGCAAGAAUUGCCCGUAAGACUAGCCAAUAUCCUGAAGGAGAUCGACAUCCUCCCUGACCGAUUAGUGAAUACCCCUUCGGUGCAGCUGGUGAAGAGCUGGUACAUCCAGAGUCUGAUGGACUUGGUCGAGUUCCAUGAGAAGAGCCCAGAAGACCAGAAAGCUCUAUCAGACUUUGUAGACACACUGGUCAAAGUUCGAAACAGACAUCAUAAUGUGGUCCCUACGAUGGCUCAAGGGGUUCUUGAGUACAAAGACAGCUGCACAGUGGACCCUGUCACCAAUCAAAAUCUUCAGUAUUUUUUGGACCGGUUUUAUAUGAACCGCAUUUCUACUCGGAUGCUCAUGAACCAGCACAUUCUCAUAUUUAGUGACUCAAAGACAGGCAACCCAAGCCACAUUGGAAGUAUCGACCCAAACUGUGAUGUGGUAGCAGUAGUCCAAGAUGCCUUUGAGUGUGCAAAGAUGCUCUGCGAUCAGUAUUAUCUGACAUCACCAGAAUUAAAGCUCACACAAGUAAAUGGAAAAUUUCCAGGCCAACCAAUCCACAUCGUGUACGUUCCUUCCCACCUUCACCAUAUGCUCUUUGAACUCUUCAAGAAUGCCAUGAGGGCCACAGUUGAGCAUCAAGAAAACCGCCCUUCCCUGACACCGGUCGAAGCCACUGUCGUCUUGGGAAAAGAAGACCUUACAAUCAAGAUUUCUGACCGAGGAGGCGGUGUUCCUCUGAGGAUUACUGACCGCCUCUUUAGUUACACAUACUCCACUGCUCCAAUGCCUGUGAUGGACAAUUCCCGGAAUGCCCCUUUGGCUGGUUUUGGUUAUGGCUUGCCAAUUUCUCGUCUCUACGCCAAGUACUUUCAAGGGGAUCUGAAUCUCUACUCUAUGUCAGGCUAUGGGACAGACGCCAUCAUCUACUUAAAGGCUUUAUCUUCUGAGUCUGUAGAAAAACUCCCUGUCUUUAACAAGUCAGCCUUCAAACAUUAUCAGAUGAGUUCCGAAGCUGAUGACUGGUGUAUCCCAAGCAGGGAACCAAAAAACCUGGCAAAGGAGAAGCUGGCAGUGUGAAGAGGAACACGCCUGACACUUUACGGGAUCAAAGUGGGUCUAUGGCAGUGCUGCUUCGUGAAUGUGUGUGGACUCUCAUUUCCGCAAAACAAAACCAAGCAAGCUAAAAACAAACGUUAGAACAGACAUUGAUCCAAUGAGGGAUGGUGCUUGGUUGAGUGACCCGGGAGAAGUCAGGGCAGGACUCCAGUAGACAUCAGGUAUCCUGCUUCUCAUUUGGCAAUGCAGAGUGACUCAUGACUAUUCCAAAUACCGAGAAGUCUGCCUCUGAGUUACAGCUCUUUCUCAACAAGUACAGAGUUUGAGGGUUGCAGUUUCAACAGCUGAAUGUUUGAGGGGUCUUCCUGCCAUCCAAAUAUAUUGGUGUUUAGUGAACAUCAAUUACCACUGUUUUCCUGCCGUGCAAAGAUUGGAGCAUUGGCAGAACUGUGUGUAAAUAUACAUUUGAUAGGUGUUGGGAUGCUCUAGAAAGGACAGGAUGGAAGGAAUCAAAGCACUUUAUUGAGCUUGAGGCUGGGCAUUGCAACCUACGUGUAAUCUCAGAAGAAAAGCUUCACUGUCAAGACAGCUCUAGUACAGUGCAGCUUUUUCUGUUUGGUCUGCACUCAAAAAGCCAUGUCUUUUGGCUGGUGCCUAGUCUUGAGUGAAAUGUUAAAUAUACACUGACCUCAGGAAGUUGGGUUCGAAAGGGAGAUAAAUUGCCAAAGUGGUCCAAGGAUUGUGUAUGUGGAGAAAUCCAUGUUAGAGAAAGAAAUCAUGUACUCAGAACUUUGCUGUGAAGAAAUGGCUGUUCUCUAACUGGAAGUAGUGAAAAAUCCAAGGGUAUCUACUUUCUACUCUCAAAAAUAUGUGCAUUUUAUAUUUUAUUUUUAUUCUCUACACUCUAACAUAUCUGUUCAAACUUUUCUAGUUGCCGAUUGGCUUGAGAGUGUUAAAUUUUAAAUCCCUCUUGGAGUACCUUCUUUGAGAGUAGUCUGGAAGUAAACUGUUCUCAUAUCAGGAUGAUGUCAUUUGUGAAACAUGGAGACAUCAAGAAGUAUUGACUAAAAGCUGUGAUGUGCUUGAGGCUUGGGAAGUUGAAGGUGUAAUUGUCAGCUCAGCAGGAGGUCAUCCAUGUAGACCACCCAUAGAAAAGAAAGGAAAAAAUGAGAAACAAGGGAAGGAAUGGGGAGAGGGAAGGAAGGAAGGAAGGAAGGAAGGAAGGAAGGAAGGAAGGAAGGAAGGAAGGAAGGAAGGAAGGAGAAGGCAGGCAUCUUCCUAUUUCCCCACAAGCUAACCCAAAGAAUCCUCUAUUUUUCCUGGGUAGGGAAGAGGACAAAUUGGUGUCUUUGAAAAUAGUAUGGCUUCUUCAAUGGGUCUCACGCUUACAAGAUAAGGUGAAAUAAUAAAUGAAUUUGUGUCAAAUUAAUGUUGAAACAUUUUUCUGCAUUGUAAUAUUAUCAGUCCUGUGUGUCAAUUGAGUUUGAAAUUUGCAUUUAAUUUCACAGUGACCUAGAGCUGAGGUGCUUCUGGUGGUGGCAACAGGAGCCACAACUAUUUGUUUUGCAUUGCAGAUGUUAUCCUUAAAGGUUCUAGGCAGUGACUUUGAAAGCAGGACUUUGACUCCAGCAUUGAUUGAUCACACAAAACUGUCAACAUUUGGAUUACCUGUUGUAUCGUUGUUUUGUUGUUGAUGUUUUCAUUGAAAUUUCAGCUACAUGUUUGUACACAUGAAUACUUGUGUUUACCAAAGAUCUAAGGCAUUUGGCUAAUUAGAUCAAAUACCAUAAGCUAUGUGCAAAGUAAUAGAAAAAAUCUUUAGGAUCUCCAUAGCAUCAACUGUGUAAAUUAAAUCAAAAUAGUCUUUCCUAUUAUUUAUGAAUCCACAGGAGACUUUAACACAUGUAGAUGGAUGCUAAAUGCCCAGACCCACUUAACUUAUUAAUGUGUGAAUUACAUUUAUGUUUUUAGUUUAUAUGCAGAGAAAUGUGAUAAUUUUAUAAUAAAUAUUUUUAUUAUAAUAGUAA